AUGGUAGCUGAAUUGACUGAGUUUCAAAAGAAAAGGCUUGAGAAUAUCAAAAGAAACAAUGAUUUGCUUAAGAAGCUACAAUUACAAGGUACUGCAAAUAAAAUCAAAAGGGAAGCAGGAGUAGACACCGUUAGCAGGCACGAAGAGCGGUUAAAGAAGAAGAAGAAAAUAGUUAAUGCAAAAAAGCAGUCUGAAAAAGAAGCCUCCCCCAAGACAGCUAUGCCCACUAGGCGAUCUAGAAGGUUAAUGGGCCAGCAAGUGAAAAACGAAGAAGGUAUACCAAAUGUUAGUGAUACACAAUUACUGAAGAUGAAUCGCAACAAAGAACUUGAGGAUUUGAAGGACAUCAAGGAGACUGCAGUGAUUGGAGAUGUGAAACUGAGUGAUCUAAUAAAGACUGAGGAAGGUUCCAAUGAGGAUGAACUGCUGGCAAAGUUUAAGCAAUUUGCUAACAAGAAUUUCUCUUCUGGUGACUUCUUUGAUAUAAUAAAAAAACGUCAAAAGGAAACCGAGAAUGACUCAGAUUUGACUAAAAUGCAGGAAGAUUUUGAUUUACAUAUGUAUGACGUGUUCCAACCCAAUGAGAUUAAGAUAACAAAUGAAAGGAUAACAUCGAUGUUCUUUCAUCCAUCGACAGAUAAAAAAUUGAUUGUGGGUGGGGAUACUUCAGGUACAGUUGGUCUUUGGAAUGUUCGAGACGAACCCUUAGCUGAGAAUGGUGAGGAUGAUCUUGUAGAACCAGAUAUCACAAAGGUGAAGUUUUUCACCAAAAAUGUUGGCAAGAUCGAAUGCUUUCCCACAGAUACGUCGACUUUGCUAAUAACGUCUUAUGACGGUUCUAUUCGUACUCUUGGCCUGAAAGAUCUAAAGAGUGCCGAUAUAAUGACCUUAAGAAAUAGUUAUGAAGAACCACUUGGGAUUAGUGACUGUCAAUUUAGUUAUGACAACUCUCAGGUUCUCUUUCUAACUACAUUGGGCGGUGAAUUUACUCAAUUAGACCUGAGAGCCAAGCCUACGGAGACCAAAUUUUGGAGACUCAGCGAUAAGAAGAUUGGCUCAAUGGCGAUAAAUCCCCAGCGACCAUAUGAGAUUGCCACUGGAUCUCUGGACCGUACACUACGUAUAUGGGAUGUUAGGAAAACUGUAGAGACACCAGAGUGGUCACAAUACGAGGAUUACCACAGCCAUGAGAUUGUAUCCACGUUCGACUCUCGGCUGAGUGUAUCUGCCGUCUCGUACUCUCCAACAGACGGGACACUUGUCUGCAAUGGUUACGAUGAUACUAUAAGACUCUUUGAUGUCAAUGGCGAGCUGCCGGAAGACCUCGACGAGAAGAACAAGACAGUGCUUAAGCACAACUGCCAGAGUGGCCGCUGGACGAGUAUCUUGAAAGCAAGGUUUAAACCCGACCAGAACGUAUUUGCCAUUGCCAACAUGGGCAGGGCCAUCGACAUAUAUAACAGUAGCGGCCAACAACUAGCACACUUGACCACAGCUACAGUACCAGCGGUGCUCGGCUGGCAUCCGUUGAAGAACUGGAUUGCCGGUGGUAACUCCAGUGGUAAAGUAUUCUUAUUCACAGACGAACUAAAUACAAGUAAAUAA